AUGGCAUUCAAAGAUCAAGAAACUCACUAUCGUCCAAUCCUUGACAUUGUUGAUGGAAAAGCCCGUGGUCGACUUGAUAGUCCAUUGCAUUUAGCGGGUUACCUCUUGAACCCUUACUACACAUAUGCCAAUCCAAGUCUUGAGAAUGAUAAUGUGGUCAUGGAUGAGUUCUUCACUUGUGCUGAGACAUUCUUUCCAGAUGACAUUCAAACUCAAAGUUUGGUGACAAAUGUAGAAUUGCACAAGUAUUUGAAGAAAGUGGAUGGAUUUGGAAGAGGUUUGGCUAAGGCGGGAUGCACACAAAAUGAUGACAAUUAUAAUCCGGUUUUGUGGUGGAAUAUUUAUGGAAACCUUGUACCAAAAUUGCAAAGUAUGGCUAAAAGGAUACUUUCAUUGACCAGAAGCUCAUCCGGAUGUGAGAGAAAUUGGAGCGCUUUUGAGGGGAUCCAUACAAAGAAAAGGAAUAGACUAGAUACAACGAGGUUGAACAAUUUAGUUUAUGUCCAAUUCAAUGCCAAGAUCAUCAACAAGAAGAGAAGAAUUAAAGAGAAGAAUGUGGAUGUAUUACGAGUAUGUGAAGCUACUAUGGCCCAAGGAUGGAUUGUGGACGGUGGUGAUGAAGAUGUAGAUUCCGAUCUUACUAGUGAAGUAGUUGGAGAGGGAUCGGGAUUGGGAGUGGAUAGUAGCUUAGAGCCUAGGAGAAGUAGUAGAAUUCAAGAAAUUAGAGAACUUCAUGAGGAGGAUUUUGUAUCGGAUGAAGAGGAAGAAUAUGAGAUGACUUUUGAGUUUGAGUCCGAUGAGGAGGGAGUACUAGAUGGAUAUGGAGAAGAAGAAUUUGAGGAUUAG